GCCGCCUUGCGCGCCGCUCCCGACCGCCCGCGUCCUUACACCCCGUUUCGCUCAAUAUACCCUUUAUUACUUAGUAUUUUCUGUGCUCCUUAACUUUUAUUUUUAAACCAGCCGCCGGUACCUUCCUAGACGUGGACGUUCAUAUAAAUAUCGAUUCAUAUCGUGAUAUGCGAGUGGAUGCGUCGAUAGUAUGACAGUAGCCCUUUUCAGAGAUUACAUCCUUUGGUAUGUUGAUGAUCUGCAUCAUUUCGGCGGGAAUAGGUGCUCGAUCUGUUAAGAUAGUAUGAUCAGCGAUGUAGGUACAAUAUUCGUAACCCCGAAAUUCCUAUCUCGAUUAUAAUGAUGUUUGUGGUGACCGAAGUGAAAGCUUACAAUAAUUAUUUGUAACACCAGCCAGCCAACAGUGCAAAGUGUACAUUGAAAAGAAUAGUGGAAAUUAACAAGUGAGAAAAUGGAAAUAAUUUAGAGCAAUGGAGAAAUCUGAUCCAGAGCAGUCUUUAAAAUGCUCGUGCUGGGUCUGCCUGCUGCCGCCGUGGCGGUUCUCCGACCAGUCCGACGAGAAGCUGUACCUGGCGUACUCGACGCAACAGCGGCAGCGCGCCGUGCUGCGGCUGCUCGGUGUCGGCGUCCUGCUGCAGAUAUUCGCAGCCCUCGUGCCCGGGGAGCGCGAUCUGCUCUUCGCCUACACCUCCGUCGCCGUCGGCCUGAUGGUCAAUCUGCUGCUGGCCGUGGUUUACGCUCUGAUCAGGAGGGCACGCCUGGCCCUGAAUCACAUCGCGUGGGUGGCGCUCUGGGCCCAGCUGCUCGUGAGCGCGUCCCGUCGGCUCGGGGACUCGUACAACGAGCUGCUGGGAUGGGCCGUCGUCCUGCAAUAUUGUACCCUCGCGACUCUGCCGUUCCACUGUAUGACGCUAAUUUUCUACAGCUCCGUUUCCUUCGUUGCGUACCUGCUCGUGCAAUACUACAACGCCGUGACGACGGAAAGCAAGCUGGCUGAUGACUUUUACUUGCAGCAAAUUGCGAACGCUUGUUUGUUACUCGGCGCCACGUUACUGGGAGGCACGGCCUACGCCGUCAGCGAAAAGCAGCAGCGGAGCUCCUUUCAAGAGACAAAGGGAAGCCUACGAGAUAAGCUCACGAUCGAGCAGCAAAGUAAAGAACAGGAGAGGCUACUUCUGUCCGUCCUCCCGGAGCAUGUCGCCGUACAGAUGCGGAGUGAUCUGGGUCUCAUCGAUACGCAGUUUAAGAAGAUUUAUAUGUCCCGCCACGAAAACGUCAGUAUACUGUACGCGGAUAUCGUCGGGUUCACAGCUAUAUCCUCCACAUAUUCGGCACAAGACCUCGUUGCCAUACUGAAUGAGCUAUUCGCACGAUUCGAUCGGUUGGCUGAGAAAUAUCAACAACUGAGAAUAAAAAUUCUCGGCGAUUGCUACUACUGCAUAAGCGGCGCGCCCGUAGAGCGGCCGGACCACGCCGUACUCUGUGUUCUGAUGGGGCUGUCUAUGGUUAAGGCGAUCAAGUACGUCCAGAAGACGACGAACUCGCCGGUGGACAUGCGCGUGGGCAUCCAUACGGGCGCGGUGCUGGCGGGCGUGCUCGGCCAGCGGCAGUGGCAGUUCGACGUCUACUCCCGCGACGUCGAGCUCGCCAAUAAGAUGGAGAGCAGCGGCAUGGCCGGACGCGUCCACGUGUCGGAGGUGACACUGAGCUUCCUGAACGACGAGUUCGAGGUGGAACCCGCGUACGGCGAGAAACGCGAGGAGAUGCUGCGCCAGGCCGGCAUCAAGACCUACUUCAUCGUGCGACAGCUGAAGCCCGGUGGGGAAGAGAGGAACAUAGGCGAGGGCGAGGCAGGCGAGUGCGGCGAGGAGGCCGAUGCGCUCUCCGACCUCAAAGACGACGACGAGGAGUCCGUGCUAUCACCGUUGGACGAGGGAAAAAACAAUGAAGAAGCUAAAAUAUACAACAUGCUAAAAGAAGAGCUUGUCAACAGGGAUGAUGACAAGGAGCUCGCGGACGCGACGACACUGUGCCUGACGUUCAAAGAGAACGGCGCCGAGGACGCGUUCAAGCACCGGUCUGACCCGUGCCCGCUGGCCGGCGUGCUGCCGCCGCUGCUGCUGCUGCCGGCACACCUGGCGCUCGCGGUGUUCGCGGUGCCGCCCGCCGCGCCGCUCCACGGCGUAUACCUCGCGCUGCUCGUGGAAACCGCCUUCCUCAACAUCGUCUACUAUGCCUGCUACAGAUACACCAGCUAUAAGAAAAAAACUGUGACACCCGUGUGGAAAUUAAUAUGCGGAACUUUCAAUAUUUCCAUGUUCGUGGCUGCAAACAUCGCUCCUUUAAUAAUAUGCGGAAGCUACGAGAGAAUGCUGGCGGCGGACGAGGUGCGAGGUCACGCGCACUCCCCCACCAGGGCUCUGCGGUGCAUCCAUCCCUCCUACUACUACCACGUGGGCGCGGGGGCGCUGUGCGGCGCGCUGUGGGUGUGGGGUGUGGGGGGCGCGGGGCGGCUGCUGCUGCUGGCGGCGUUGGCGGCGGCGCACGCGGUGCCGGCGCUCAUGCACCCCGCGCUGCUCACCACCCGCGACACGCUCGACCGCGACCCCUACCGCCUGCCCUACAACGCCACCGCCGACGCCGACGAGGAACUCCUAUACGUCAUAGCGACGCUGCACACGCGGCGGCACAUCAUAAUGCUGCUCGUCAUCGUCAUCACGCUGCUUAUUUAUGACAGAUACAGUUCUGGUCUGGAGCGGGCGGCGCACUCACGCAGCGGGCGCAUGCGCGUGCAGGCGGAGCAGGCGCUGGAGCUGCGCCGGCGCAACCAGGCGCUCGUGCACAACGUGCUGCCGCCGCACGUCGCCACACACUUCAUGGGCGCGCGCCACCGACACCGACACCUCUACAGCCAGAGCUACGCCGAGGUCGGCGUGCUCUUCGCCUCCAUGCCCAACUUCACGGAGUUCUAUUCGGAAGAAACGGUCAACAACCAAGGCCUAGAAUGUUUACGAUUUCUCAAUGAAGUUAUAUCGGACUUCGAUCUCCUGCUGGAAGACGCUAAGUUCAGUAAAGACAUCAUAAAAAUCAAAACCAUCAGUUCCACGUACAUGGCUGCGUCCGGCCUAAAUCCCACUCGACAAAUGCAGCCAUCGGACGGCACGCUGGUGCGGUGGGCGCACCUGGCGCGGCUGGUGGAGUUCGCGCUGGAGCUGCAGCGCGUUCUGGCGGCGAUCAACGAGCAGUCGUUCAACCACUUCGUGCUGCGCAUGGGCGUCAACCACGGGCCCAUCACCGCCGGCGUGAUCGGCGCCAUGAAGCCGCACUACGACAUAUGGGGCAACACCGUCAACGUCGCCUCGCGCAUGGAGAGCACUGGCAAGGCGGGAUGCAUACAGGUGACAGAGGAGACGUGUCACAUCUUGGAGCAGUUCGGGUACUACUUCGAGCAGCGCGGGCUGGUGGCGGUGAAGGGCAAGGGCCAGCUGAUGACGUACUACCUGCAGGGCCGCCACGACGACGGCGCGCCGCACUUCGCCGACACGGGAUCGAACGACGUCAAUAUCGACAUGGCACCUGGCGAGCAGGCUCUAGGGACGACUGGCGACGCACCGGCGGCGGAUGCGUCGCAUCCACUGCUACCUUAGUAUUAACCCUUGUAGACUAUGUACUUAGUUGAUUUAUUUACCCAAUACUUUAUUUUUAAACCAA